ACAGUCAUAUUUAUAACAAAACAAUUCUGGCCAAAUUUAUAUCAGUACAUCACUUCGUCUUUCUUAGGUCGACACCGAUUCCAUCGAAUCUGCGCGAGUUCCUUGACCACGUGCCAUUUGCUUGCUUGUAAACACCAAACCUAACCUAACUUCGUCUUAUCCGGACUUUGUGACUUAAAAACCGCUAAAAUGGGGCUGCAGCAAGCUGAUGUGGCCCUCUAUAUCGACGCCGCCGACGAAGCCCACGCCCGUCUACGCAACGCCGCCCCCACGAGCCCGCAGGAGCUGCCACAUCUCAAAUUAAGCGAUUUCGCCACCAACAAUAUCCACUUCAAUCUCGGCAAUAUCACGGUGUUGGAAAUCAGCAAUUGUGAUCUGACUGAAAUCCCCCACAACAUACAAAAGUUAAACUUGAAACAAUUGAUUUUAACUCAUAAUAAGCUCAAGGAAGUUCCUAGUUGCUUGUAUUCCGGGCUGAGUUCGCUUGAAUUGUUAGAUUUGUCGCAUAAUUUUCUCACGGAUUUUCAAGUGGCGCCGGCGUGUAGAGAAGGUAUUGUGAAAUUGAAACUUUCGAAUAACAAAAUCCGGGAUUUUCCGCAGUGGAUUUUAUCGUUGUCGUGUUUGAAACUGGAAGAAGUGUAUUAUAGUAGGAAUUGUGUGGUUAAGUUGGAUGUGAGUAGGGAAUUAGGGAUUAAAAAAUUGGAGAUGGGUAAUUGUCAGUUGAUGGAUGUAGAUUUUGUGUUUUUGAAGAGAAUUAAGACGUUGGAGGCGCUGGAUAUUAGUAAUGAUACGUCGAGUCGGAAUGAAAAUAGGUUCAAGGAUAUCAAUAAGUUGUUUAGUAGGACUAGGUGGCAGAAGUUGGCUUCGUUGAAUUUAAACAACGUGACAUUGUCCAUUAUUCCAAAAGGGUUAUUUUGGCUUGUGUCGCUAAAGGAGCUGCAUCUCGUCAACUGUUCCCUAAACUGGAUACCUGAAGAAAUAGAACAUUUACAUAACCUAAGAACUAUAGACAUUUCCGAAAAUUUUAUAUGUUCGCUACCGAAGCAACUAACCUUGCUUGAAGAACUACGCGUUAUUAAAGCGCAUCAUAAUUAUAUUUCUUCAGUUAGCAGAUUUCACGGAGACUUAGAAAUUUUGGACUUAUAUGACAACCAGUUAGACUCGUUCACGCAAUGUAUAGAUAACAUAACAUACAUAGAUUUAGAAAAAAAUGCGUUUGACACAUCGAUUUUAAACCAACCUAAAAACUACUGUUUAAAACGAGAUAAACUUCGCGAGGUGUUGAAUUUCCACAACAGAAUUAACGGUAAGAUUGAUUUACCAGAGGAUGACCCAGAAUCGUGUGAUGAAGAUUAUACGUGUGAUCUUUCCUUUGACGAGCCUGACAAUAAUCCACCACAUUAUUAUCACAUGGAAAUUGAAGAGGAAUGUUGGGAUGAAGAAAAGCCCGAAGAAGUGGUACCUUCGGUUACAAACCCAGAAAUAACACCCUCCGACGAUGAGUGGAAUGGAAAAGUAGAAAUAAUCUACAGGAAGAAAUUAACAAACUUGAGUUUGCAAUUCGAUGCAGAUGAAGACUGGAUUUUUGCGGAUGUUGAAGAAGCAACAAAUUAACAUUUAAAUAAAAAUUUUUUACUUAUCCUUGUUUUGAAUACAUAUAUUUAUUUUUUUAAUUGGUGUGAUACAUAGUUCGUUGUGUUUUGUAUAAAUGUCACUUUUAGUCUUGUUAUUUAAUUUAGUCUGAGUAAUAAAUACAUGCAGAAUUUUUA